GGACCAGGGGGCUUGUAGAAGGUGCUGGCGGAUAAGAAAGUCCUCUUUUCUUCUAUCCGCUUUUCUGGGUUGUUCGAACGUCCCCGGACGACUUCAUGCGUAUUUAAUUGAGAAAACGCACAGGCAGGCAAGGUCGGUUAGGGGGCCGGCGGGAUCAUUUCUGCUUCCGGUGCCAAAGGGCACGUGGAAUGUAAACACGGGACCACGGAGUGGCUUUCAGAAUGGCUUCCUUUGGGUGGAAGAGGAAGAUUGGUGAGAAGGUAUCCAAGGCCACAUCGCAGCAGUUUGAAGCUGAAGCUGCCGAUGAGAAGGAUGCAGCUGAGAACGAGGAUGGGAGCUGGGUUCAUGCCAGCAAACGGAGGAAGGAAACCCUCCAGGAAGGCUGCAAACUGAAGAGUAAGCAGCUGAAGGACGAAGGCGCUAAUCUGGCUGAAAAGAAAAGGUACCAGGAGGCAAUUCAGAAGUGGGACGAAGCACUGCAGCUGACCCCAGAUGAUGCCACCCUUUAUGAGAUGAAAUCACAGGUCCUGAUGUCCCUUCAUAAAAUGUUUCCAGCAGUACAUGCAGCCGAAAUGGCUGUCAAACGUAACCCACACUCAUGGGAGUCUUGGCAGACUUUAGGCCGUGCUCAGCUUGGAUUAGGAGAGAUAGUCCUGGCAAUUCGAAGUUUUCAAGUAGCCCUCCACAUAUACCCAAUGAACCCAGAAAUAUGGAAGGAGGACCUUUCUUGGGCAAGAAAGCUCCAGGAACAGCAGAAAGUAGCUCAGAGGAUUGAAAAAAAAGAAAUUCCACCCGAAGGAACAGACAUCUCCCCAGAGUCAAUCCCUGACUAUGACUUUGAAAGCGACGAGAUCGUUGCUGUUUGUGCAGCUGUUGCAGAGAAACAGAAGUUGGUGUCUGCAAAUAAAACCAUGGUUAUCGUGUCAGCUUCUGGAACUGUGGAAAUAGUCAAUGAGAAGGAAGAGGGCACCUCCACCCCAGAUGGUGCUGUCUUUAUCAAAGCCCGAUGAAGUAUACGUGGUGAAAAGAUGUUUGAAUCUAGGUUUUUUUUUUUUGUUUGGUUGGUUUUGGUUGCUACUUAAUGCUUAGAUGACAUUCGAUAUCCACCUUGGAGGGGGAGGGCAAAACUUGAGUUUUUCAGAUGAGGCAUAUAAAAAUCAAGUAGUGGAAUUCUUUAGUGAUUGGACAAGCAAAUUAUACUUAAGGUUAGCAUCUUAAGUGAAAUGUGUUUUGACUGUUGAACAUUUGAUUGGACUGUUGGGAGAGGACAUUUGAAGAUACAAUUUGGAAAUUGUGUUCUUGAAUAGAGAUUAACUUACAGGCAGUGUUAUUACAAUGUAGACUUGCAGACUUUGGUUUUAUGAUAAAGGAAGCGUGUGACUUCUCUCCCUCCUAGAAAUCCGCCAUUUGUCUCCUUUCCAUUUUUCUAGCUGCACUAGUGCAAGCUUGAAUAUUUCUGACAUUCAUCUUGAUUCAAAGUUAUCGUUUGGUUGUAUUUGAUAUAUUUGGAAGUUUGCCUAAAAAUGCAUGCAAAUGUCUGUAUCCUGAACAUUUCCUUGAAUUUUUGUUCUAAUUUGUGCUUAUGUUUUGACUUUAAAGUUAAAAGGUGGUAACUGUUUUCUUCAGUACUUGCUAACUGUGAAUACUGAUGUCAGAGUGACGUUUCAUUUCAUUGUCAAGGUCAAGUCAUCUUUGUCACAAGUCAUUCAUUUGUAAAGGUGAAUGGCAUUUGGAGAUUGUCAGUAAAUUCUACGAUUACAUUAUCCUGGUCAAAACAGAGUUUCUUUCCUUUUUUUCCUUUUACAGGGGAGGAUGUAGCUAGGCCCCUAGCAUGCUAGACUAGUAUUCUGUUGCUGAUCAAAAUCCUCCUAUUUCUUUUCUGAUUUUUACAAGUAUGCAGAGCCCAGCAAACAAAUAGUAAGACAGGUCUUCCUUUUUAACCCAGGCUAGCCUCAAGACUCUUCCUGCCUUGGCGUCCGGGACUACUGGGAAUACAGGCUGGGGCUGCCACAGCUGACGGAUAUUUCUCGCUUGUAACUUUGCAGUGGACAGUUUGUAAAUGUCUUUCCAAAGACGCUUUUGUGGAAGUAUUCAAUGAAAUGAAAAAAUAGUUACAGUUUCACAUCGGUAUAAAAUAGCAGUCUUUAAAGUAAAAAGGCAUUGAUAUUAUUAGGGUGACAGUAUAUGACUGACAAGCAGGGAACUGGAAUGUGAUUGGUAGUGUAAUCCCAUGUGUGGAGCAGGUAUGGUAAGGAAGCAAAUGUCUCUCAUCCCAGUCUUGUCGAAGGCAAGGCAAGAGGACUCAUGAACUCACGGCCAGCCGGGGAGACACGUAGUAAGACCUUGCCUCAGAACAAAGCAAAAACAGUGGAAAAUAAAUCAACCAAAGAAAAAAGCUUAUUAAAAAUCCUCAUUCACAGUUACAAACCAAUACUAUUAUUACCAUGGGUGACUGUUUCUAUUAUGUAUAUUGUAGUACAAACAAAACAUACACACUGUCAGGUGCUGUUCUUCCUGAUACUCACGAAGAUAUAAAUGAUGUAAUUUUUCUCCAUUAGAGAUGAAAGUUAUUUCUGUUGUGUUAUGAAAUCUUAACAAAAAGUUGGAACAUGUAAUUAUGGGCAGCAUUUUUGUGAGGAUGAUAUGUUUUAGAAGGUAUUUUAGGGAAAUGUUCAUUUUUUUUUUCUUUCCGGUUGGAGAAAUCAGCAGUUGCUUUAAAUAGUGUUACAUCCCCCUAAACUCUGUCAUCCAGAAAUAAGCCCUGAAUGGAGAGGUCAGCUUUAGAAUGAGUGAAGAAAAAUACUUUGUUAAAUAGCAGGGGAUAUUCUCAGAGGACAGAUGGCUAGAGAGGCGAGUACGUCACAGUCGCUACGUUACAUCUGGAUAUCUGCUUAUUGUGUAAUUUGUGAAAAAAUAGCCUUUCCCUUGUGUCUUGGAGAUUUUCCUCUUCGAUUUUGAGAAUUAGGUAGAUUUUAUUUUUCUCUAUGUAAAAAUAUGCAUGAAACAUUUGUAUGGUUCCCCACGAGCACUGCUUAGUCAAUUCUAGCCAUUUCUAGGAAGAACUUGUCUUAGUUUGGGAAUACUUCCUCUCACUUCCUUCUGAUUUUAGGAAAGACUUUUUUUUCUUUUCUUUUUUUUA